AUGAGUGAGGCUCUCGAGGAAAGCUUGAGGGUUGCGACAGAGGCUAUCCAGAAAGAGGCGGAUCGAGAUCAGGAGGUCUCAGUCCUGCGUGAAAAGCUCAGAAUAGCGAAUAGUUCUACCUCGGAUGAGCGAAAUCUAUCACACAUGGUCUCGCAGCAAGUAGAAGGCUUGGAGAGACUCAUCGGAAUACAGCACAACGAAAUGAAGCAGUACAAGUCGGAAAUCGAAGACUUGAAGCAGGUCAACAAGAUAUUAACAGAAGAGAAUGAUCAUCUCCAUGUCGAUAGCUCUUCCAUUCAAAUGACAUCCGUAGGCACUCAAACUGACUACUACUUAGACAAGACGACAAGCGCCGUAGUGAGCAGGCUCGAGGAGCAAAUUGUGAUAUCUAGGGAGCAAAACCAGAAGCUACUUGCCGAAUUACAGCAAGAGAACGGACAGCAAGCCAAACUAGAGAAUAAUCCCUCAUCUGAGUGGCACCAGGCGACGAGCCAGACUAUCCAUGAAUAUCAGAGAAACGAAUAUAUGGCAAAUACAGAUCAGGAACUAGCUACACGUAUGUCCCAGCUGGAUACAAACGACAGAAAAACACCAGGUAAUCCAACCAUCGGAUACCAGUAUAUGGGAUCUGCCGGGCCACUAUUGACAGCAGAGCAAUACAAGCCACUGUAUAGGCCACUGUACACGUCAAUGUGCGUCCAGACACGUGAGCUCGGUGAAAAGCAGGAGAUCCAAGAGACCGAGACUACCCAGGAAAUGCAGAUGGAAGAAGGAAUGGUGCAAUUCAAGAUGAACAUGUUCAGAUAG